AUGGCAACCAAUGCGAAGAAACUAUAUAUUGGAAACCUCGAUCCAGCUGUAGACGAAUACGCAAUCGUCAAGCUAUUUGAACCCUACGGCAAGAUUACGUUCCUAGACUACUUGUUCCAUUGGACUGGUCCCAAGAAAGGUCUACCAAGGGGAUAUUGUUUUCUCGAAUAUGAUACAAGACAGCAGGCUAUCAAUGCCAUCGAAGCAUUACAUCGUAAAGUGAUCAAGGGAAGACCCCUUGUUGUCUCCUUUGCAUUCGCACAUGAGCAAGAAGGAGAAUCCAAAGGCCAAUCAUCCGGUAGAUCCAAUCGACCCAAUGCCGUGACCAAUUUAAGAGCACAAAAGAUGGCCAAUGCAAGCACGGAUGCAAAAAUCAAUGCUAUUGAACGGAAGCUUGCCACGCUACAAAAGAAAUCCACGAAUCAAGAGUCGCAUGAGGCAUCAACAGCAAUACAAAACGUAUCGAAAACAUCAAGAGAUGCUCGCUCACCACAAGAUAGUAAUCGUCAUCGUUUGGAUACCCAAAGGUCACAUUCUAUGUCAAAAAGAUAUAGGCCUUAUUAA